CUCUCUCUCUCUCUUUCCAAACAAUGGAAAUUUCCAGCUAAAAAAAUAAACCCAAAAAACCAGGAAAAAAAAAAAAAUGGCGUUUCUCCUUCCCAAUCUCUCCGCUCCCCCUCUCCUCUCCCCUUACCCUAAUCCUUCCCCAAACCCCCACUCAAAACCCUUCCUUUUCUCCUACUCUUCUUCUUCCUCCUCCUCCUCCUCUUCGUCCCUUCUCGUGCGCGACGCGCUUCAGGAGAAGCCCCCGAAGCUGCGGGAGAAGCCCCCCACGCCGCACCGAAGCGAAGAAUCCGAUCGAAUCGAGAAGAGGAAGGAGGAAAAGGACGAGUUUUACCUCAACCUCGGCGUCGCCGUUCGCACCCUCCGCGACGACCUCCCCGCCCUCUUCGUCAAGGACCUCAAUUACGUCAUCUACCGUGAUGAUAUCACAUUUGUCGAUCCGCUAAACACUUUUAAAGGUAUCGAGAACUAUAAAUUGAUCUUCUGGGCGCUCCGAUUCCAUGGCCGCAUCCUGUUUCGCGAGAUUGGGUUGAAGAUAUUCCGUAUAUGGCAGCCAUCAGAAAACAUGAUCUUAAUCCGGUGGGAGCUUCAUGGGGUGCCGCGUGUUCCGUGGGAGGCAGAGGGGAGGUUUGAAGGGACCUCACGGUACAAGCUAGAUCGAAAUGGGAAGAUCUAUGAGCAUAGAGUUGAUAACUUGGCGCUGAAUUUCCCUCGUGUAGCCAUGGGGCCGAAGACUGUGCUGGAUUUGGUCAUGUGCCCACCGAGCCCCAAUCUGACAUUCGGGAAUGGCUCGUGCUCAUGGGUUGAGCUUUACCGGGCAGUGAGGGGAACUUUGGAGGAGGAGGAGAAGGAGGCAACAAUUGAAGGAUUGGUUACUUGUUCAUAGUUUAAGGAGUAGACAGAAGGAUUAGCAGUGUAUAUAGUAGAGAUGGAGAAACAAUGUUUUGGUGAGUUGGUACAAGUGACAUUUAGCAAAUGUAUAUGACGAGGUGCUCAUCUUCUAUACUCUCUUCUCAUUCAUAUAAUAAAAUUAUAGUGCAAGGAUUGCUAUAUCUAUGCAUGUUAUAGCAAAAAUAUAAGGUAUACAUUAUGUAUUCUCUGGGUCUCGUGGUAAAACAUGUUUAAUCUCGAUA